AUGCACGGCAAGUGCCGGGUGGGGGAGGUCGUGGAUGAGGAGCACCGGGUGAAGGGCGUCGGGGAACUGCGCGUCAUGGAUGCGUCGGUCUUCCGCGACUCCCCGGGGACUAACCCCAUGGCAACGAUCAUGGCCGUCGGGUGGGCGCUCGGCCUGCGGAUGCGCAAGGAGCGGGGCACGAGAACGGGUGACGUCAGCGAAAGCGGCUCGCUUUGGCCUAGGGGUGCGGUUUGGGAUUCCGCGCAUUCUAGCCUCGUGCCCUGGUGGGCAGCCAAGAGACGCAGCGGCGGUAUUGGGAGCCUGAACGGUUGGAAGUGA